AUGUCUUGGCGUGAUGAAAAAUUCUUAGAAGUUUUGCAAUGCCCAGUGCUGGUUGUUGGUGCAGGUGGAAUUGGUUGCGAAUUGUUAAAAAAUUUAGCUCUUACAGGUUUCUCCAACAUUGAAAUCAUAGACUUGGAUACAAUUGCUGUAAGCAACUUAAAUAGACAAUUUCUAUUCCGUCGUGAACACAUCGGUAAGCCUAAAGCAAUAAUUGCGGCAGAUGCAGUUCGGGCGAUUGCACCUGGUGCUAGAAUUGUAUCUUAUCAUGAUUCGGUGCUGAAUUUACUGAAUAAUUGUAGUGGUGAGUACGAUGUCGACUUUUUCCAGAAAUUUCGGGUCGUAUUUGGUGCACUGGAUAAUAUAGCUGCACGUAAUCAUAUCAAUCGACUGUGUUUAGCGGCUAGAGUGCCUUUAAUAGAAAGUGGUUCUUCCGGAUAUUUAGGACACGUACGCCCUAUUAUUCGCGAUCUCACAGAAUGCUAUGAAUGUAAUCCAAAGGCAAUACAGAAAACGUUUCCUGGAUGUACCAUUCGUAAUACGCCAUCUGAAUAUAUUCACUGUGUUGUCUGGGCUAAACAUCUUUUCAACCAACUUUUUGGAGAACCGGAAGAUGAAGACGAAGUAUCGCCAGAUUUUACAGAUGAAGAAAAUUUAGCUGAUCCUAAUGCAAAUAAUUUUGGUGAGAAAGAAGACAUAGGGUUAGAUACGAAAGAUAUCAAUGAUACAUUUAUGGGCGAUAGUAAUAAUGGCCUUAUGAAUCGAAUCAAUACUCGACAGUGGGUGGCGGAUAAUUGUUAUGAUGCAGAAGUUCUUUUCAAAAAAUUUUUCCAUGAUGAUAUUAUCUAUCUUCUAACCAUGACUAAUUUGUGGAAAGAACGAAGAAAGCCAACCCCGUUAAUUUGGGAUAAUCUCCCAGAUGAAAAUGCAGGUUCAAGCAGUAAUAAUGAAAAAGGAGAAGUUUGGUCGAUGUUACAAUGUAGGAUCGAAUUUGAAAAUGCCUUGGUGAUCCUACGGGAACGUGUAAAGGAUGGUUUGGUCUUAACUUGGGAUAAGGAUGAUGAUCCAGCGAUGUACCUUGUCGCAGCCUGUUCUAAUUUACGUGCUUAUAUUUUCGGUAUACCUGGCAAAACACUUUUCGAUAUAAAAUCUAUGGCAGGCAAUAUCAUCCCCGCGAUUGCCACUACGAAUUCUGUAGUAGCAGGACUGAUUGUCAUUGAAGCAAUGAAAGUUAUUUUUGAUACAAGGCAAGAUUUACGAAAUAUCUUUAUAAAGCCUCAACCUAAUCCUCGUGGCAAAAUUUUGGUCGAUGAAGUUCCCUGUAAUCCUAAUCCAGUGUGCUAUGUUUGUUCGGAGCGACGUGAGGUUACGGUGAAAUUAAAUGUUAAGCUAGCUACCGUUCAUUUGCUGGAAAAUAAAGUUUUGAAAGGAAUGUUACAUAUGGUUGCACCAGACGCAAUGAUUUCCUUAACCGGCAGCAUCGUUAUCUCAAGUGAAGAAGGGGAAACCACUGCUAUUAGCGGACAAGUUCUAGAGAAAGUUGGUGUUAUUCAUAAUUGCAUCUUAGAAUGCGAUGAUUUCUUGCAAAAAUUAGAAUUCAGACUACGUAUUAAACAUGACGAUAAAUUGAAAAUUGAUGAGUUUAUAAUCGAAAUGGACAGUGGAGAUCCUUCGCAGCACGGUGCGUCUUUGUGCAUUUUUAAUGGAAACUCUUCGUAA